UUGGUGACCCCGGAUACGAACAACUCAACCAUCGUACUGAGCUGGCUAAAUUUGGACCCAGCUACUCUUAAAAUCUUCGUAGCCAACAGAGUAAGCCACAUUCAAUCCUACAGCAACAUCGAGGAUUGGAAUCACGUAAGAUCGGAAGAGAAUCCUGCCGACAUGCUAUCCAGAGGAAUGUCGGGUAAGGAGUUAAUUGAUAAUAAAUUUUGGUUUUCUGGUCCGCAUUUUUUAGAACAAAAGAAAAUUGAAAUUGAAAACUUUAAGGUAGACAAAAAUGAUGGUAUUCCAGAAUUAAAAAGUAUAAAAAAAGUGGGGGUACUAAUAAACAAAGAUUCCCUGUGGGACAAAAUAAAUCAUAAAAGUGAUUUCAAUUACCUUCAGAAUGUAAUUGCUCAGAUUUACAAAUUUACUCAACUCUGCAAGAAAACAGAGUUGCUUUCCUGGGGAGAAUAUAGAAAAAUAGCCUUGAAUGUAAUUAUUAAAAAUGUCCAAGGUAAACAUUUUAAGGAGGAAAUAAAAAGUUUACAAAAGGGUAAAGUAGUAACCUCAAAUUCAAAAUUAUCCACACUGUCUCCUUUCCUAGAUAAUGACGGAUUAAUAAGAGUAGGAGGUAGAAUAGAAAACAGCAAGCUGUCCUUUGAAGCAAAGCAUCCGAUUCUACUUCCGUAUGGAGACAAAUAUGUAGAACUGAUGAUAAAAGGCCUUCACAUUAAACAUUUACAUGUAGGACCUCAGGGAUUACUAGCAAUCAUAAGGCAAAAAUACUGGCCAUUGCGUGGUAAACAAUUGACCACAAAAAUA